CGUUUGGUGUGCUCCUGGUUGAGUUUUCUCCUGUGGUUCCGGGAAGGAUUUCUGCCCGUUAACGCCGCGACUCUGAAGGGCGCCUUCUGAAUUAUACGAGCAGCGUGUCCUCGCCACCAUGACGGACCGGUACACCAUCCACAGCCAGCUGGAGCAUCUGCAGUCCAAGUACAUCGGCACCGGCCACGCUGACACCACCAAGUGGGAAUGGCUGGUGAACCAGCACCGCGACUCGUACUGCUCCUACAUGGGCCACUUCGACCUCCUCAACUACUUCGCCAUCGCAGAGAACGAGAGCAAAGCGCGCGUGCGCUUCAACCUGAUGGAGAAGAUGCUGCAGCCGUGUGGUCCUCCGGCUGACAAGCCCGAGGAGAACUGAGCUCCCGUGGCCCUCCUGUCAUCCGCCUCCCUCCUUCCUGAGAAUGGAUCUCUAACGUAACCGCGAGGAUAAAAUCCCACAGAACUCGAAACCUGUCUAUGCCCCCCGUGGGAAGGCGACUCGUGCUUCCCGCACUUCAGUCUGGCGAGUGGAUCCGUGGCCCUAUACUCUGUGUGGGGCGUCUGGGACUGUGAAUCAUUCUCAAUCGGUGCCUAUGCAGCCGCUCUGGAGGGGAGAGGAGACACUCAGAAAACUCGAGAAAUUCUGGGGUGCCCCCAGACACAUACACACGACUCCGAAAUUAGAAUCAAUUUACGGUCUUGGCAAAAUAGUUGCAACGGAUUGGGGAGGGGUAAAAGGGGAGGCCUCAAAAGGCCUAUAAGCCACAAGAAACUAAGGACUUAAGAGUUUGAAGAGACUUUACGUCUCAUAUAAUCCAGGUGGUGGUUGUUUUUAACCCGGGGACUAUAAACUUGUGCUUAAAGUGACUUUUGAUAUCUGUUUUUAAAUACAAUUGGCUUCUUUUGUA